AUGCAUACGCAUAUUGGCUCAAAUGGUAUGUCUGACAGUGGUAGCAUGGUAGCAACAAUGUGGCUUGGUCUUAUAACCAGAGUUGGGCAAGUGUUCGAAAAUGCGAUUGCAUUUUGGACUGCCAUGUCUAAAUACUCUAUAGCCCAUAGAUUUUCCUAUAUAUAUAAGUGGAACGACAAGACACGCAUUCAUGCACAAUGCAAUAUGGGCAACUGCCGGUGGGAAAUUCGAACUAGUGCAUUGGGUGGUGGGCUUAUGGUCCGAGUGCAUACGUACCAACCUCAACGCUCACACACCGUAGUUGCAUCAUCCUUUGUAGUUCUUCCUAGGUCGAAUAAGUUUGUAGGAAAUCUUCUUGUUGAGAAGAUACGAGACAGUCUAUCAUAUAGGGCAAUAGGCAUCAUGAAGGACUUCAAACGUGACUACACGUUGCAGUUAACGUAUCAACUAGCUUGGAAGGAGAAAGAGGUUGCAAAGGUUCCAAUCAAUGACAAUGAUGAUGACUCAUACUCACGUAUUCCAUGGUUCUAUGAGAAGAUUCUCGAGUCCAAUCCAGGUUUGUAUGUCACUUAUAGUAUCGAUGAAGAUGGUCAUUUCAUGCGACUCUUCUUAGCAUUCCAUGCAUCUAUCCAUGGAUUUCACUAUGGGUGCCGACCACUACUAUUUGUUGACGGGGCACACUUAAAUGGGAAAUAUCAGGGGAAGCUUUUGGCCACCACCACAAUAGAUGCCAACAAUGGAAUGUUCCCCAUCACAUUUUUCAUCGUCCCCGCAGAGUGCCUUGAGGAUUCCACUUGGUUUAUGGGACAUCUUAAAGCAGUAAUAAAUGAUGAUAGAGAUGUUGUGAUUGUUUUGGAUAGGGGAAAUAGCUUGCUGGAUGCGGUCCAGUGGAUUUUUCAACCUGAUCUACAUGCCUUCUGUUGUCGACAUCUCAUGGAGAAUCUAAAAUCAUUUGUGACACGGAUUCGUUUAUCGAAGGAGUUGCGUGAUGCAAUAAUGUCUAUAAUGUUCAAACUCUUCUAUGCAAGAUCUACCGACAAGUAUGAGGCACUAAUGGGGAGGCUUUUUAUAUUGAAUGAACGCAUUGAAAGCAGGGUAAGGUCCACUGAACCUGAGCAUUGGGCGAACUCCAAGCUCCCAGGAAUGCGGUACGACCAAAUGUUGUCCAACAUUGCAAAGAUGUUUAAUGGAUGGGUGUCAAACAUUUGUGAUCGGCCUAUAAUGACCAUGUUGAACACAUUUCAGUUGAAAUUGAUGGAACUCCUUUGGAGAAGACAUUGCGAAUCCCAGGACUGCACAACAAUGAUAGGGAAAAGGACAAAAGAGAAGUUGCAUGUGACAAUUCACAAUAGCAUCCAGUUCCAGGUUGUCUAUGCAUCUAUUCAUGAGUUUGAGGUCACAAAGGGGGAAAGGCAGUAUACCGCCCAAUUGGACCAAUAG